AUGCAUAUUGUUUGGCAUAGGUUGGCCUUCGAGAAGAAGCGCUCGCAGUUGACGUCGACGAUGUUCACAAGGUGGAGGGUUAUGGAUUUUAUGAACAAGGUCCUCGCCCGUGGAACUGACAUCGAAAUACUCUUUCUCAGGAGUAGCAUCAAUUUGCCCAGCAUGCUCAGGGAGGAUUUCGCGGUGGCAGACUUGUCAGACCCGUGCGCGAGCAUCGAGUGGCACGCCAAUCUCGCGGAACCCCUGGAGGCCAUCCGCAAUAUGUGCGGACUGUCCGCGCCAGGUCUCGCGUCGCCCUCGGUCGUAGAGCUCGCGUCGCCCGCGGUCGUAGAGCUCGCGUCGCCUGCGGUCGUAGAGCUCGCGUCGCCCGCGGUCGUAGAGCUCGCGUCCCCCCGUAGAAACUCCCACAGCAUGCGCCCAAGGGUGCGCAGCUGUGGCGCUCUGGCCCCGCAGCCCAGCGACGAGAUGAUGCCCCUCAAGGUGUCCACCAGCCUAUCCGGGCUGGUCCGCACUGGCAGCAGCUCGAGCUCCCCCACCCAUGGGCUCCGGGUGCGGCGGGGUGGGCGGGAGAAGGCGGAGGACCCCGCCUCGGCCCGGGCGGACGUUGGUCUAGCUGGCGGGCUGGCCGGCUCACCGCUGGGCGACCCGCAGGAUCCAGCCGAGGCCUCCGAGCAGGUCGGAGGCGAGGGCGUUGGCACCGAGGCUGGUGUCCCACUGGAAGGGAGGGCGGUGGCCCCGGAGCCCUGCGCGGAGAGCGGCCUGGCAGAGGGCGGGAGGGGCGGGCGCAGCGCUUCGCCGGUGAGCCCGGAGGCCAGGGGUCGGAGCAGUUUGAGGAUCGAGAAGGCGGGGGGGCCGCCGUUCGGCGAACAGGCCCGUGGACUCGCAGGUGCCGAUGGCCCCCACGGCGCCACGCCCCUGCAGCCGGGCCUCGUCGUGCGCGAGCCGCCGUCCGCCUCGCCGACGCCGGCGGGCGCCAGCGAGGGUGCGUGCGUCCGGGCCCGCGCGCCCCCCACGGCGGUGGCCGCGCGGGGGGUGCCGACCUACGUUGCCUCCCGGCGCGUCUCCCUGCACGCCGCCGUCGGCGCGGACGGCGACCUCGACAAGCAGGCGCAUGCCGCGGGCUGCGGCGGCGAACAGCCUCUCGCCCCAGUCCUGCAGCAGGGCCCGCCGCAGGCGCCGCCCUCGCCGCCGCCGUCGGCGCGCGCGAGGGAGCCGAUGCCCGGCGUGCACGGGCGGAGCGACGAGGAGCCUGGCCCACUUCGGCCUGGGGCCGCGGCGUGCGCUCCUCGGCAGCGAGGGGACCGGCCUGGGCAACUUCCGGUCUCCCUGCGGCAUGUCUUUCGACUCCGAGCACAUCUCGGGCAGUACACGCUGAACCACCGCAUCCAGGUGUUUCGCCGCGGCACGUACGAGCUGCUCGGCCUGGUGAGCCUGCCCCAUUCGAGGAAGAUCGAGGUCGGCACGCUCCAGGACCCGAGCGGGUUGUGCUGCACCGGAGACCGGAAGCUGACGGUGGUAGAGUACGGCCUCGACAGAUUAUCGAUGACCGGAUUGUCGGUGGAGCUGUCAGAGGAUUCGCUCGAGGUCAAGAAGGCGUACGUGCUGGGAGACACGCAGCUGUACGGGCCCUUCGGGGUCGGCUGCACCCAGGGGCGCAUCGUGGUUGCAGACAGCUGCAACCAUCGCUGCCUGAUCCUGGCCAGCGACGGGAAGAUCCUAUGCGAGAUCGGGGGCCGCGGCGCAGGGCCUGGGCAGUUUGAAUAUCCCGACUGCGUUGCCACCUUCAGCGACGGCUCCAUCGCCAUCAGCGACAAGGACAACCACAGGGUGCAAGUCUUCGACCAGUGCAACAACUUCGCCCACAUCAUACCGACCGACUGGAGCCCGCAGUCCACGCGCUCGAAGUCGGCACCGCCCGGCCACCUCCGCGGGCCCAUGGGCAUGUGCACCGACAACCUGGACCGCCUGUACGUGUGCGACUGCGGCUCCAACCGGGUGCAGAUCUUCACCCGGGAGGGCAAGUGGCUCUGGAGCUCAGACGGUCCUGGGGCGCUGUGCUACUUCCGCUCGCCCACGGCGAUCCAGAUUGACAAGUGCGGGGCCGUGUACGUGGCGAGCGACCAUUGUGUACAGAUAUUCUGA